UUAGGGGACUUCUCGUCAGCACUUCAAUCUGAUCAGCAUGCUCUUGACAUAAGAGUUAAACUCUUUGGGGAAGAACACCCAGACACAGCUCAAAGUUACUUUUCUCUCGGAGUAACCCAACAUGCCUUAGGGGACUUCUCUUCAGCACUUCAGUCCAAUCAGCGUGCUCUUGACAUAAGAGUUAAACUUUUCGGGGAGGAACACUCAGAUACAGCUCAAAGUUACUUUUCUCUCGGAGUAACCCAACAUGCCUUAGGGGACUUCUCUUCAGCACUUCAGUCCAAUCAGCGUGCUCUUGACAUAAGACUUAAACUUUUCGGGGAAGAACACCCAGAUACAGCUCAAAGUUACUUUUCUCUUGGAGUAACCCAACAUGCAUUAGGGGACCUCUCUUCAGCACUUCAGUCUUAUAAGCAUGCUCUUGACAUAAGACUGAAACUUUUCAGGGAAGAACACCCAGAUACAGCUCAAAGUUACGUUUCUCUCGGAUUAACCCAACAUGCCUUAGCGGACUUCUCUUCAGCACUUCAGUUCAAACAGUGUGCUCUUGACAUAAGACUUAAACUCUAUGGGGAGGAACAUCCAGAUACAGCUCAAAGUUACUUUUCUCUUGGAGUAACCCAACAUGUUUUAGGGGACCUCUAUUCAGCACUUCAGUCCAAUAAGCAUGCUCUUGACAUAAGACUUAAACUUUUCGGGGAAGAACACCCAGAUACAGCUCAAAGUUACGUUUCUCUCGGAGUAACCCAACAUGCCUUAGCGGACUUCUCUUCAGCACUUCAGUUCAAACAGUGUGCUCUUGACAUAAGAAUUAAACUCUAUGGGGAAGAACACCCAGACACAGCUCAAAGUUACUUUUCUCUCGGAGUAACCCAACAUGCCUUAGGGGACCUCUAUUCAGCACUUCAGUCCAAUAAGCAUGCUCUUGACAUAAGACUUAAACUUUUCGGGGAGGAACACCCAGAUACAGCUCAAAGUUACUUUUCUCUUGGAGUAACCCAACAUGCCCUAGGGGACUUCUCUUCAGCACUUCAGUAUGAUCAGCACGGUCUUGACGUACGAGUUAAACUCUUUGGGGAAGAACACCCAGACACAGCUCAAAGUUACUUUUCUCUCGGAGUAACCCAACAUGCCUUAGGGGACUUCUCCUCUGCAGUUCAGUCCUUUCAGCGUGCUCUUGACAUAAGAGUUAAGCUCUUUGGGGAAGAACACUUAGACACAGCUCAAAGUUACGUUAACCUCGGAUUAACACAUCGUGCCUUGGGCGACUUAUUGUCGGCACUUCAGUCCUUGCAGAGUGCCGUUGAUAUAAUAGCUGAACUCUCCAGGGAAGAACACCCAGACACAGCUCAUAGUUACUUUUCUCUCGGAGUAACCCAACAUGCCUCAGGGGAGUUCUCCUCUGCAGUUCAGUCCUUUCAGCGUGCUCUUGACAUAAGAGUUAAGCUCUUCGGGGAAGAACACUUAGACACAGCUCAGAGUUACUUUUCUCUUGGAGUAACCCAACAUGCGUCAGGCGACUAUUUUUCAGCAAUUCAGUCCUUGCAGCGUGCUCUUAACAUAAGAGUUAAACUCUUUGGGGAAGAACACCAAGAUGCAGCUCAAGCUUACUUUUUUCUCGGAGCAACCCAACAGGCCUCAGGCAACUUGUCGUCAGCAGUUCAGUCCCAUCAGCGUGCUCUUGACAUAAGAGUUAAACUCUUCGGGGAAGAUCACCCAGACACAGCUCAAAGUUACUUUUCUCUCGGAGUAACCCAACAUGCUUUAGGGGAGUUCUCUUCGGCAGUUCAGUCCUUGCAGCGUGCUCUCAACAUAAGAGUUAAACUCUUUGGGGAAGAACACCAAGAUGCAGCUCAAGCUUACUUUUUUCUCGGAGUAACCCAACAGGCCUCAGGCAACUUGUCGCCAGCAGUUCAGUCCCAUCAGCGUGCUCUUGACAUAAGAGUUAAACUCUUCGGCGAAGAACACCAAGACACAGCUCAAAGUUACUUUUCUCUCGGAGUAACACAACAUGCCUUAGGGGACUUCUCUUCAGCACUUCAGUCUGAUCAGCAUGCUCUUGACGUACGAGUUAAACUCUUUGGGCAAGAACACCCAGAUACAGCUCAAAGUUACUUUUCUCUCGGAGUAACCCAACAUGCCUUAGGGGACUUCUCCUCUGCAGUUCAGUCCUUGCAGCAUGCUCUUGAUAUAAAAGUUAAGCUCUUUGGGGAAGUACACUUAGACACAGCUCAAAGUUACUCCAAUAUCGGAGUAACCCAACAUGCAUCAGGCGACUAUUUAUCAGCAAUUCAGUCCUUGCAGCAUGCUCUUAACGUAAGAGUUAAACUAUUCGGGGAAGAACACCCAGACACAGCUCAAAGCUACUUUUUUCUUGGAGUGACCCAACAUGCUUUAGGGGAGUUCUCUUCAGCAGUUCAGUCCUUGCAGCGUGCUCUUGACAUAAGAGUUAAGCUCUUUGGGGAAGAACACUUAGAUGCAGCUCAAAGUUACUUUUGUCUCGGAGUAACCCAACAGGCCUCAGGGGACUUGUCGUCAGCAGUUCAGUCUCAUCAGCGUGCUCUAGACAUAAGAGUUAAACUCUUCGGGGAAGAACAUACAGAUACAGCUCAAAGUUACUUUUCUCUCGGAGUAACACAACAUGCCUUAGGGGACUUCUCUUCAGCACUUCAGUCUGAUCAGCAUGCUCUUGACAUAAGAGUUAAACUCUUUGGCGAAGAACACAAAGACACAGCUCAAAGUUACUUUUCUCUUGGAGUAGCACAACAUGCCUUAGGGGACUUCUCUUCAGCACUUCAGUCCAAUCAGCGUGCUCUUAACAUACGAGUUAAACUCUUUGGGGAAGAACACCAAGACUCAGCGCAAAGUUACUUUUCUCUUGGAGUCACCCAACAUGCCUUAGGGGACCUCUCCUCAGCACUUCAGUCCAAACAACGUGCUCUUGACAUAAGAGUUAAACUCUUCGGGGAAGAACACCCAGAUACAGCUCAAACAUACCUUUCUCUCGGAGUAACCCAACAUACCUUAAGGGACUUCUCUUCAGCACUUCAGGCU